UUCCAUUUCCUUCUCUUUCCCUCUCCAGGCUCACCUUCCCCUUCCACUUCUCCGCCGCGGUGUUUUCACUAAAACCCUAGAAAAUGGAUUCCUUAUUGGACCGGAAGAAGAAGAAGACGAAGGAGAGGGAGCGACCACCUCCUCCUCCUCCCGAUUUCUGGGUCGAAACCUCCGAUUCCGUCUCCCAAAUUUGUAGAUUCGACUCCAACGAUCGUCUCACAGUGAAAACUUUGCACGAUUCCAGACCGAUUUAUCAAAAAAUAGUCGAAUCUUUCCUGAAUAAGUUCUUCCCAUAUGGGUAUCCACACAGUGUGAAUGAGGGCUACCUGACUUAUACCCAAUUCCGAGCACUCCAACAUUUUUCCAGUGCUGCACUGUCCGUGCUGUCAACACAGUCGCUGCUAUUUGCUGCAGGCUUACGACCUACCCCUGCACAAGCGACUGCAGUAAGUUGGAUUUUAAAAGAUGGGAUGCAACAUGCCGGAAAGCUCUUGUGCAGCAGCAUGGGAGCCCGAAUGGACUCAGAGCCGAAGAGUUGGAGGAUACUUGCUGAUGUGCUCUACGAUCUUGGUACUGGCUUGGAGGUUCUUUCACCACUUUGCCCACAUCUUUUUCUUGAAGUGGCCGGCUUGGGAAAUUUCGCGAAGGGAAUGGCGGUUGUUGCAGCAAGAGCAACAAGACUACCAAUUUAUUCUUCUUUUGCUAGAGAAGGUAAUCUUAGCGACUUGUUCGCUAAAGGGGAGGCCAUCUCAACCCUCUUCAAUGUUGUGGGACUAGGAGCAGGAAUUCAAUUAGCUUCUACAGUUUGUUCAUCAAUGCAAGGAAAGUUGAUAGUUGGCCCUUUGCUUUCGGCUCUACAUAUCUACAGUGUAGUUCAAGAGAUGCGAGCGGCUCCCGUCAACACACUUAAUCCCCAGAGAACAGCGAUGGUCGUUGCUGAUUUCGUCAAGAGUGGGAAGGUCUCAAGCCCGGCGGAUUUAAGAUACCGAGAAAAUCUUCUCUUCCCGAACCGGCUUAUAGAAGAAGCAGGAAAUGUGGUGGUCGGGCAACCGAUUCGGAAAGCCAUUAAGAAGCCUCAGAAGCUCAAAGAGCUCAGAGAAGCAUUCCCGAACGAGAAGUUUCUGGUCAACCGACGAAGCGAGAAGACAUACAUGCUUCUCGAACAGAGCGCGACGGGGGAGGACGCGCUGCGGGGGUGGCUCGUCGCCGCAUUCGCAGCGGAGAUGGAGAGGUCGUCGGGGCGCGGUUCGGGCCAGGCCGUUUUACACGAAGCUUACGAGAAGAUGGAGAGAGUCUUCCCCUCAUUUGUGGCUCAAGUGAAGGCUAAAGGGUGGUACACUGAUCAGUUUCUGGACGGAAGCGGCGUUCGAUUCGCUUAUUGAAUCGCGCGGCCAUUCUUCUAAUUGUAGGAUUAGAUGACACAUUCUUUUCAUACACGUUUUUUACUUUCAAUUGUUUAGUUAAUCAUGCUGUAUUGUUUUCCUUUUUGUUUGCAUAGAAAGCUACUCUACUCUCUCUCUCUCUCUC